AUGGCCAACAAGUCGACGAAACAAGCUGCACAAGCCGUCGAAGAGGAACACCGUCCAGGCUGCGUGCUCGAGCAGUUGACCAUGUUCGACUGCGACAGAGACAUUCUCGCACGCACUGGCAUUGUCAAAUGCUAUCCAAUCCCCAGAGUCUUCCGCGUAUGCCCAAAUCGCCCUGCAGUGGAGGUCACAGCGCUUCUCGAAUACAAAGACGCUUCUGGCGAGCCGACGCUGCCUCCAGACUAUCUAAAACGGCUGCCAAAGGGUUACUCCUGGGACCAAAUCACCAGCGAGGGCGUCAGAAAGCCAUGA